UGUCUUUCUCAUUCUCUAUCUCUCUCUCUCACACACACAUAUAAAAUACACACACAUACACACCACCUGCAGGCAGCAGUGCAGCGCAGAGCCUUAGUCGAAGCAGCUCAAUGGACAUGAUGUAAUAGAAACGGCAUCAUCGCCUAUCAGCACCAUCCCGGCUGCAGCGACAUCAUCGGAGUCAGCGAUAACAGCGAGUGCAUCCUGGACCAUCGGAGGCAACAAUACCGGCAUCACACUGGGUUCUGCGGAGUGUGCGGGGCCGCCGGAGGCCAUGCGCCUAGUCCACGGCACAGAGAAACAGACCUUCUCCUUUAAGAAGUGCUCUGCCUUCCAGUUCGUCAAGAGGAAGGUGCGGAGGUGGAUGAGAAACCCGAAGGUUAGUGUGGAGAAGCCCCAGGCUAAAGCCUUCCUCUCACCGUGUCCCAAGUGUCAGGAUGGACAGGACCUGUGGUACACACACUUCCCCACCUCGUACGCUUGCUGCCCCUACAGCCCUGGAGGGUAUUAUCUUCCUCACCCGCCCAGCCCGUUGUGCCAACCCUGCAUGCCAGGCCCACGGGACAAGACCAAAAACUGCAAGGUGAGGAAGUGGAAAAUGCUGAGUCGUCACCACGGCGAUGGGAAGGCGAAAGAGGCGGAGCCAGAAGGUCACAUGGUCUGCCCAUGGGCCAUGUCACCCCUGUUGGGAAACCCUGUACUCAUGGAGUGCUCCAUCUGCAACGGACCCUACAUCACCUAUAGCAGUGAGGAGGCUUGGCAACCACGGCAACGCACACAGGCGAUGGACCUGUAUUACCACGGAGAAUCCGAUCCAGACUACGGGUGCACAUCAGACACCACUUUUAUGAAACAGAGGAAAAUGGGACUGAAUGACUUUAUUCAGAAACUGGCGACCAGCUCCUACGCCUGCAAACACCCAGAGGUGGAUUCCAUCCUGACCUUGACACCGCCACAAGAUCCCGAGCUGAUGACGAGCAACCCCUCUCCUCCUCCCAGUCCGUCUCAGCAGAUAAACCUGGGUCCUUCGUCCAACCCGACCGCUAAGCCCUCCGACUUCAACUUUCUGAAAGUUAUCGGAAAAGGCAGCUUCGGGAAGGUUCUUCUGGCUCGCCAUCGCGGCGAUGACAAAUUCUACGCGGUUAAAGUUCUGCAGAAGAAAGCCAUCCUGAAGAAGAAAGAGGAGAAACACAUCAUGUCCGAGCGUAACGUUUUGCUGAAGAACGUGAAGCACCCGUUCCUCGUGGGCCUGCAUUACUCCUUCCAAACUGCCGACAAACUCUACUUUGUGCUGGAUUACAUCAACGGAGGAGAGCUCUUCUAUCACCUUCAGAGGGAACGGUGCUUUCUGGAACCCCGUGCCCGUUUCUACGCUGCUGAAAUCGCCAGCGCUCUGGGCUACCUGCACUCCCUGAACAUUGUCUACAGGGACCUGAAGCCUGAAAACAUCCUCCUGGACUCGCAAGGACACAUCAUCCUAACAGACUUCGGCCUCUGCAAGGAGAACAUAGAGCCUAACGGAACCACGUCCACUUUCUGUGGGACGCCGGAGUAUUUGGCUCCAGAGGUGUUGCAUAAGCAGCCAUAUGACCGGACAGUGGACUGGUGGUGUUUGGGCGCUGUGCUCUACGAGAUGCUGUACGGCUUGCCUCCGUUUUAUAGCCGCAACACAGCCGAGAUGUACGACAACAUCCUGAACAAGCCGCUGCAGCUGAAGCCCAACAUCUCAAACGCUGCCCGCCAUCUCCUGGAGGGUCUGCUGCAGAAGGACCGUACUAAGAGGCUAGGCUGCACCGAUGACUUUAAUGAGAUCAAGAACCACAUGUUCUUCUCCCCCAUUAACUGGGAUGAUCUGAAUGCCAAGAAGCUCACCCCUCCCUUCAACCCCAAUGUGACCGGUCCCAACGACCUGCGGCACUUUGACCCGGAGUUCACAGAUGAGCCGGUGCCGAGCUCCAUCGGCUGCUCCCCAGACAGCGCUCUGGUGACGGCCAGCAUCAGCGACGCGGCCGAGGCCUUUCUGGGCUUCUCCUACGCUCCCAAUAUGGACUCGUACUUGUAGCCUGUCACCAUGGAGACCAUCCCAUAGACUCUGAAACCGUAGCUCAUUGCCAUGGAAAUGCCGUCCCAUGGAGUCCCACCUGUAGUGCAUCACUAUGAGAAUGAAGCCAGCCCCAUUGCCCCGCCCCCAGAUUGGGGGCCCCUGUUUGCACAUGGCCUUAGGCAGCUCCAUAGGCCUUGGUUUAAAGGCCUAAAUCGUACACAUGAGAGAAGUGACUUUCUUUCAUCAUCAUCGUUGUCUUGUUUGUCUACGCAGAGCAUGGUUACUUCUUCGCUUACAUACAUCCUGGUCAGACUGUCCUGGAUGGACAGAGAGAGAGAAUGUGCAGAAGUGCUGAUGGACUUUAUUUUCAAGUUUUUUUUUGUUUUGUUUUUAUUCACCCACAUAUUUGAGGGUAUUGCUGUUGUCAGAAUGUGAAUGCUCUGUUUCCAGAGGACUUUGUGUAUAUGUGCCUUCAUCUUCCCUCUCCCCUCUCAUGAGUCCUCUGGGUCAUAUGACCACACUCUGUCACCAAUUGCAUGACCUCAGGUUUGGUUGCACAAUUUGCUUAUGAUUUUAAGCAUCACAUUAACAUUUUAGUUUCAUCUGUCCUUUUUUUUUUUUUUUCUUUUUUUUUCUUUUUUUUUUCUUUUUUCAUUCCUCUUGAUUGAGUGGGCCAAAGCUGGAAGGAAUCUGCUGCUAUGUAUGCGUGUAGAUAGACGCCUGGACCGACCGAUCAGACGCCUUUGUCUCACCUUUAGUCUUCCAGCCUCCUUUAUGUGAUGUAACAACGCCGCUCGGAAAAUAAAAGCAUUCCAUCUGCAUCCGCUCACCACAUUCCACUCGAUAUGUCUGUGUACUGCUAUUUAAGUUUGUUUGUAAAUUUCGAGUCUGUGUAUUAGGUUUAAUAUAUAUGGAACAAAGCAACUAAGGAUAUGCUUACAUGUAAUGAUAACUGUUAAACAUGUACUGUAAAAUUGUAAAAUGUUUGAUUUAUGUGACUGUUUGGUUUGCAAUAAAAACAAUAUUGUUAUUUUCCCCAAAA